ACGUCAAAACCCUAGGGUUUGCAAGGCAUUUUAAUUCUUCAGUUGAAUCGUCGUCGCCGCUGGUUCUCAGAAGACCUCGUUCCCUGGUCGUUAAUUCACUCAUAUGGAUGAAGAAGUGAAGCAGAAAGAAGAAGUGACUCUAGUGGCUAGGAAAGCAAGUUUUGGUCUCCCCACAGCUUGCCCUUCAUGCUUGCCCGUUUACAUUUACCUAAAGUUUGGUCAAAUCCCCUUCAAUUUGGUCUUCAAUCUAAUUCACCCUGAUUCAGAUGAAAUCCCUUAUGUUGAGUCUGGUACUUAUGUUGCCUAUAACAAUGAGAAGGGUGGGGUUAUUGAGAGCUUAAAAGAAGACGAAAUUAUUGAUUUGGACUGUGAAGUUCAUUCUAUCCCUGAAUGGGUAUCCACCAAGGCAAUGGUUGAUUCAUGGCUUGCAGAUGCCCUAAUGUAUGAACUCUGGGUGGGGUCUGAUGGAAGUUCUGCACACAAGAUAUAUUAUUCUGAUCUGCCCUGGCCAAUUGGAAAGAUUCUGCAUUUCAAGCAAAUUCACGUUGUAAAGCAACUACUUGGAAUAAAGAAGGACAAUGCAGAGCAAAGAGAAGAUGAGAUCUACAGGAAAGCAACAGCUGCUUAUGGAGCCCUGUCAAUUAGGUUGGGGGAUCAGACUUUUUUCUUUGAGAACAGGCCAACAAGUUUGGAUGCAGUUUUCCUUGGGCAUGCACUUUUUGCACUUCAAGCAUUGCCUGAAACAUCAGUACUACGGAGCAAGCUCUUGGAGCAUUCUAAUCUUGUACAAUAUGCUGAUAAACUUAAGAUGGAGUUCAUAGAAGCAAGUCCAUCCUCUUCAAUUCCACCUUCCCAUGCAGGCCCAUCUUUUCCAAGGCAAAAAGGAUCCAAAGCCAGGAGCAAACCUAAGAAGGAAAAGACAGAGGAAGAGAAAAAAUUUAGAAAAAGGGCCAAGUAUUUCUUGGCUACACAGCUUGUAGCAGUUCUAAUUUUCCUGUCCCUCCUUGGUGGAUCAGAUGAUUCUGAGAUAGAGCUUGAUGACGACGAUGAGGGUUUGGAUUUCCAUGACUAAAGAAAAACACUUUCAGUCGCGGUUUAGGUCCGGGUCUUACAUGCUACUGGAUCUGAUGACGCUUGAGUUCCGGUGACCAAACAAGAAUUACCACCACACAGAAUUCAUUCACUUCACUUCACUUCAGUUUCAUUUCUGUAUUCCAUUUUCUCAUAUCCUGCAGAAAUUUUGGAACGUAGGUACAGUUGAAUUGAUGUGUUUUGCCAUAUGGAUGAUGCUACAUUUUAGGAAUAAAACUAGUUUUUUAUUUUUUUAUAUAUUGGAAGCAGAUGCUUUUAGAUAGUUCGGUUCUGUAAUUUGUCCCUUGGAGGCUGUCAAGAAUAAUAAAUUGUUGAAGUUUUUGAGUUU